AUGUCUGCCGAAGAGGAUCUAAUCGACUACUCAGAUGACGAGCUCAACAAUGAGUCCGCCGCACCCGAUGCCAAUGGCAAGAAGGGCGAGGUUGCUCCAGCUGGUCAAAAUGUCGACAAGAAGGGCUCCUACGUCGGCAUUCACUCAACGGGAUUUCGCGACUUCCUCUUGAAGAACUCACUUCUGCGCGCCAUCGCCGACUGCGGUUUCGAGCAUCCGUCGGAGGUUCAGCAGUCUUGUAUUCCCCAGGCGAUGCUUGGUGGCGAUAUCAUCUGCCAGGCAAAGUCGGGUCUGGGAAAGACGGCCGUCUUCGUCCUCACCACUCUCCAGCAAGUCGAGCCCGUCGCCGGGGAGUGCUCAGUCCUGGUCAUGUGCCACACCCGCGAGUUGGCAUUCCAGAUUCGAAACGAGUAUAAUCGAUUCAGCAAAUACAUGCCUGAGAUCAAAACCGGCGUUUUCUACGGUGGAACACCCAUCCAGAAGGACGCUGAGAUUUUGAAGAACAAAGAGACACAUCCCCAUAUCAUCGUGGGCACCCCCGGCCGUCUUAAUGCGUUGGUCCGGGACAAGCACCUACGACUUGGUAGCGUCCGCAUGUUCAUUCUUGAUGAAUGCGAUAAGAUGCUCGAGCAAAUCGAUAUGCGCCGUGAUGUGCAGGAGAUAUUCCGGGCCACGCCUCAGCAAAAGCAGGUCAUGAUGUUUUCUGCAACACUUUCAGACGAGAUCAAGCCAAUUUGCCGAAAGUUCAUGCAGAACCCUACCGAGCAAAUCGUUGACGAGGAUACAAAGUUGACGCUGCACGGCCUUCAGCAAUAUUACAUCAAUCUCAAUGAAAAUGAGAAAAAUCGAAAGCUCAACGAGCUGCUCGAUGAACUACAGUUCAACCAGGUCAUCAUCUUUGUGCGGACCGCCGCCCGUGCCACGGAGCUUGACAAGCUCCUGCGCGAGUGCAAUUUCCCCUCUAUCGCUGUGCACGCUGGUGUAGGCCAGGAGGAGCGUAUUCGCCGUUACCAGGAGUUCAAGGACUUCAAUAAGCGUAUCUGUGUUGCCACGGAUGUCUUUGGUCGUGGUAUCGAUAUUGAAAGGAUAAACUUGGCCAUCAACUACGAUCUCCCCGCCGAUGCCAACUCGUACCUGCAUCGUGUUGGUCGUGCCGGUCGUUUCGGUACCAAAGGUCUCGCCAUCUCGUUCGUUACUAGCGACCAAGAUAAGGAGGUUCUUCAGGCCGUUGAGAAGCGGUUCGAGGUGGAACUGCCUGUAUUCCCCAAGGAAGGAAUUGAUGCCUCCACCUACAUGGCUUCGUAG